AACAACCGUUGUUUUACCGUUACUACCUGUCUUUUCGCUUUUGUAAACUCUGUAUCGUGACCAAGAGACGAAUCAAUUUCAUUUGAAUAAGAGAACGAACAAUAUUUGCAAAACGCCGCAAUGCAGCACCAGCCGUUAGUCAAUAAUUACCGAGAGAACAGACACGAAUCAGUUAACAUGGAGAAAGAAGAAAGCAACGCUUCGAAAAUUGGCGAAAAUGGUGUUGAAGGAAAAAAGAAAUCCGGAAUUUUCUGGCCCGCUCUGCUUCUUGUCGUUAUAGCAUUGGCAAGAAUAGGCGGGGGUUUGUUUAUCUCAAUUCAUGGCCCGACCUUACUAACGCUCGCCAACAAUGUGGGGUCUACUGUUGGACAAGUUUCAUGGGUGUUUACUGGACGCUCGGUCGGUGUUCUUGCUGGUGGAAUUAUCACGGGUUACAUAAUGAGACACGUCAAUAACAUGCUGUCAUUCGCGUUAAAUUCGUUCUUACUUGCUGCUGUUAUCGUUGCAACUCCAUGGAUUGAAGCUUUGUGGCUGCUCAUAAUCGUAGUGAUGGCUGGUGGUAUCGGGUUUGGGUUCUUGGACGCAGGCAUGCAAGCGCUGAUUUUACAAGUGUGGGGAGAGAAAGAUUCACGGCCCAUCAUAUCCGGAUAUCACUUCGCAAUUGCUCUUGGGGCGUUUCUUGCUCCGAUAAUAGCACAACCGUUUUUAAGCCAGCAAGGCGAAGAAGGCUUAUGUCCAGAGAAACCAAACAAUUUUCUGCCGACGGAUAAUAUUUCAACGAUUGCACCAGACAUAUGGGGUACGACGGCCAAAGAUUCUACAACAUGGUACAGUCCAAUCGUGUGGGCGUAUUUAAUAUGCGGCGUCUUCAUGGUCGUUGUCGGUGUCAUAUUCCUUGUUCUGGUUUGUUUAAAACUCGAGAAACAUGUUCGUUCCUCCCAAACGAAAAUCAUUGAAACGAGAGAAGAAGAUAAAUUGAAAGAUGUGAUUCUCCUAUUUAGCUUGGUGUGUGUUUACUACUUCUUCUGCGUGGCUGGAGAGACCGCAUAUAACAGCUAUAUAUACUCUGUUUCUAUAUGCUCGGGCCUUCAAUUCUCGCCCGGCGAUGGAACUACUAUCAAUGCUUUAUUCUGGAUUGGUUUCGGCGCUGGGAGAUUGGGCGGGGUCGUGAUACUGAAAUACUUCACUCCUAAACAAGUUCUAUUCGUCGAUUUUGCCGGCAUCAUCGUAUCCAUGAUCAUCGUUUGCAUCUUUGGGGAACAAACAGCUGAAGUGACUUGGGCGAUCACAUUUUUCUACAGUUUUUUCCAAGCAACAAUUUACCCAGCUGGAGUGUCUUGGACUUCUCAGUACACCAAUAUGUCGGGAAACUAUAUCUUUAUUUUCUCAGCCGGCCAAGCCAUUGGAAGCAUGGUACUUUUACCAGUAGGUGGCUUAUUGUUUGAUAUCGACCCUUUUAACGUUAUGUAUUUAGUACUCGGUUGUUCUUGCGCCAAUGCGCUGGUUUUUGGGUUGAUGUUAUGGGAAGGAAAACGGCUGAAGCGAAAACGGGCAUUAGAAAAUAACCAAACUAAAUGUACCCAUUCUUCCCGUUUGUAAGGUGCUACAUCAGUAUUUGCGACAUUUUAAAUUAGUUCAGAAGGUAUACUGCAAUGAAAUCUUAUACCAUUUUGAUAGAGCCGUAUUUUUAUCACCUAUAAAACAGUGCGUAGACCUAUUUGGCGAUAAGAGUAUUUCAUGCCACGUUUAAUUUUUUGACAAUAUGUAAUACUAUAGAGUAGAAUGAAAUAACGUUAGCACCGAAAUCGCGUAUUUUCUGAUCAUGUUUUAAAUAGUUAACAGCCCUGUUUAUAUACAUUGGGCUACGGUUACAUGAUUCAGUAAAUAAAUUGGAUGUCUCAUCUUACCCCGCCCUAUUACAGUUUAGUUAUUACUGUGUAGCCUUUAUUGUACCGUCAUAUUUUUUAUUGUUUGCUGUUAUAGAUAUAUGAGUAACGUAAUUAAGCAUCAUGAUUUUCCAGUUUUAUCUCAAACGUGCAUCUCGCUGUGCAAACGAGAAUUCAAAUAUAGUUUCGCUAAUCAA